AUGGGCAAUAACCAGGUCAUUUGCUUACAAAUUAAUAACCUUGAUCAUUAUGAUACUAAUGCAACAAAUGCAAAAGCUGUUUGCAUUUGUUGUAGCAAUAAAAAUAGAGAUUUGCAGGCUGCUCAGUUAAUACAUUCUUAUUAUACAACAAACAAAGCUAAAUUAUGUCACAAACAUUUGGCAAAUUGUAAUAAUUUCAAAAAUGCAUAUUCUAAAGAAGAAGUAUCUAAUGUAGAUGUAAAUAGUGAUUCAAGCGAAGAUGAAGUUGAUGACAAUACAUAUUUACAUUUACCUUUUAACAAACAUCAAAAAGAAUCCACUUCAAUUACCACUUCUUUGAACUCUUUUAAUAGCCAAUAA